AGCCAAUCCCGCUCAGACCACGCGCAUGGCUCGAGAGUUAGUCGCACUUGAUUGGCUGAGGGGAGGCGCGGUCUGUCGAUUCCGCUUCCGAUUGGCUCUUGCUGCUGGUGACAGUAUAGGAAGAGGAGCGAUGGGGAGAUGAUUGUAAUUAAAGGGACAGUGACCUGGAUUUGUAGUCCCAGGGACAGAGCUGCAGUAAAUAACAAAAGAUGGUGAACAAGAUAAAAACUCCACGUACCAAAGAGCUUGAGUUUGGGGGAUCCAUUGGGGCCAUACUGCUAUUGGUAGUCCUGCCUGGAACCGUCCUUUACCUCCUUCUCACAUGUAGUACAGAUGAUGCCAGUGUGUUCCAGCUGCCAGGUCCUCUUCCCUCGCUGCAAUCUUUGUGGAACCCAUUUGCUUUAUUGCUGCUGCUCUGCUGGAUGACACUGCAGGCGGUGCUAUAUAUGUUGCCUAUGGGAGCAAUUGCUGAAGGAAUCACUUUGAGAGAUAAUACCCGUCUGAAAUAUAAAAUUAAUGCUUUUUAUGCGUUCCUGGUAAGUGCCAUCCUGGCAGGCGUUGCAGUAAUGGUCAAGUUACCCCUUUCUUAUGUUUAUGACCACUUCAUGGAGUUUGCUGUUGCCGCAGCAAUCCUGUCUUUGGCUCUCAGCAUCUUCCUUUACAUCAAGUCCUUGGCAGCACCAGAGUCUGCAUUGGCACCAGGUGGCAAUUCAGGAAAUCCCUUAUAUGACUUUUUCAUUGGGCAUGAACUGAACCCUCGUAUUGGCUCAUUUGACCUGAAGUAUUUUUGUGAACUUCGUCCCGGACUCAUCGGUUGGUGUUUGAUCAACCUGUGCUUCCUGAUGAAGGAUAUUGAGCUCCGUGGCUCCCCCUCCCUCUCCGUGAUUUUGGUGUGUGGAUUCCAGGCUCUUUACGUCGUUGACGCUCUAUGGCACGAGGAAGCAAUUCUCACCACCAUGGAUAUUGUACAUGAUGGAUUUGGUUUCAUGUUGGCUUUUGGGGAUCUGUGCUGGGUCCCAUUCACAUAUUCACUACAAGCGUACUUCUUAGUCCGCCAUCCCCAGGAAUUGAGCACUCUGGCUGCCUUUGGCAUUGUCCUUCUCAAUGCUCUUGGAUACAUCAUUUUCCGAGGGUCUAACUCACAGAAAAAUGCUUUCCGAAGAAAUCCUUCAGAUCCAAGUGUGGCUGGGCUAGAAACCAUCCCAACCGCAACAGGAAAGCGACUUCUUGUAUCCGGAUGGUGGGGUCUUGUUCGUCACCCAAAUUACCUUGGAGAUUUAAUUAUGGCUCUGGCCUGGUCACUACCAUGCGGUCUCAGUCAUAUCUUACCCUAUUUCUAUGUUCUUUAUUUCACUGGUCUCCUGGUUCACCGUGAGGCAAGAGAUGAGCACCAGUGUCUGAAGAAGUAUGGACUAGCCUGGCAGGAAUACUGCAGAAGGGUUCCUUACAGGAUAUUCCCAUAUAUCUAUUGAUUCAUCCAUCCACCAUUGGGCACUGAACUAGAAAAGAAAACAGACACUGACUACUGUUUGCCAAGAUGUACAAUGUUGUAACAUUCAUUAUGGAAGAAAAGUUUGAUCUUAUAUGGGGGAGGGGGAAUGGCUUUGGCUGCAUUCAAAUGAUGUUCUUUCUUAGAUUACUUACAGUUUACCACUGCUGUGUAAUGGUAGUUCUUCAAAUGAUGGGUACGUUGAUUUUAAACAAUUUGCUGACUUUCAUUUUUUUUUUAUUUAAACUGAAGUGACCUCAUGUAUAGUCAGUAGCUUUACAGGAUAAUUUACAGAAACGUCUGCAACUGUCCUGAGUGGAGCUUAUAGAAACUCAUGUGUUUGGCAACAGAACAACCAUAUUCAGACGGACUGACAUGGAUUUCAGCAACUAAUAAUUAAUGCAGCCCUAAAGGGGUUGUCUGGUGUUUAAUGUUUUUGGCCUGAUGGGAUUUAAAAAAAUAAAAAAUAAAAAAAACCUUUACU